GAAGUAAAUUUCUUUUUUUCCUCUCUCUCCUCUCUACCGGCCGACUCUCUCUCUCUCUCACCUCUCCUCCAAAAUUCUCUCUUCGAUUUCAUCGCCUUAGAAUGAGAUUUCGGAAAAAUCCCAAGUACUAAAGUUGUUCUACGCGACGAGAUCUCUCUAUCGAUCCAAGAAGAAUCUUGAUCGGAGCACUUUGAGGUUUCCUCUAUGUUCGGGCUUGCUUCUAACCUUCGAGACUUGUAGUUCAGCUGUUGAGAUUCUGGCAAGUGUAGCAUCAUAUCUGAAUCGGCACCAUGGUUUCCUUCGAAAUGGACGAUCGCAAAAAGAUUGGGCUUGGAUUGACUGGGUUUGGCAUUUUUUUCUCGUUUUUGGGAGUUCUUUUCUUCUUUGACAAGGGCCUACUUGCCAUGGGAAAUAUCCUCUUCUUAUCAGGGGUGAUGUUGACAAUCGGACUGAAGUCCUCACUGCAGUUCUUUAUGAAACCUAGCAAUUACAAGGGAACAAUUUCUUUUGGUGUUGGAUUCUUCUUUGUUGUUGUUGGAUGGCCUGUAUUGGGAAUGAUAUUGGAAGCAUAUGGGUUCAUCGUCCUGUUCAGGGAACAAUACGAGAUUGUUCCGCACAAGUGAGAAGAACAUGUUUUGCAAGGCGCAGGAAGACGACAGUAGACAGUCGUGCUUGAUUGAGAACAGGGUUGAUGUGUAAUGAGGUUGAGAGACAAAGGGAGUGGUAGAAUGAAAGAUGGGGUCGAGGAUGAAGCUGAAAAUUGAGUUAGUUUAUCAAGGAGAGACAUGAUAGUUGGAGGUUGAGAGUUUAUGAUUUGUGUUUGGUACUGAGAUGUAAAUGUGUACGAGAGUGACAAACAAAGUGAGAGGGUGAGAGGAAGAAAAAACCAAGGGGUUUCCCCCUAUGGGUAUGUGUGAGUUUGUGAGUGAGUUGUAAUUUUUUUUUUCCAGAGCAAUUGAAUAUAUAAGUGUGUGAUUGUGUGAAAAUACUCUUUCCCACCAUCAUUUUCAUCGAAGAUUAACUAAGUUUAUGGUGUAUUUUGUGCAGUGGCUUUUGGCCGACAGUAUCAGUUUUUAUUCAGAAGAUACCUGUCCUUGGUUGGGUGUUCCAACAGCCUUUUGUUCGAUGGGUACGUUAACAAUGUCUUUUAGCAAGAAUUCUUAUGGAUCUCUUCUGGUUGUGUUCUUUUUUAAGGCUUCUUUUGUUGGCUAGUUAUCCGUAGAGUUUGCGUAGGGAUCUAGUUGAACAGAACACUAUGGACACGUUUUGUCUUGUCAACACUUUUCAUGUUUCUGAUCCUGAACAUGUAACAGUCGAUGUUAUAAGGCAGCCCCACUUAAUAUUUUGCAUCAUGCUGCUGCAUUCAAUGAAGUUCUUUUCUUGUCACCUGCUUGAAUGAAGUAUAUUCCCAGAUGGAAAUAGUACGUCGCUUGUAAUAAUGGCAAUAAAAGUGAAAUUAGUGAAUAAGUUGAGCCUUCUUGAAAUCUUAAAUUUUGGACUUUUCCACAUAUUCCCAAAUUGUUAGAAUUAGAAAUAGUUUCAAGUAUGUCUGGUUUUUUGUUUUCUAAGGUUGGCUAAUCAUUUGGCUUGUGAUUCACGACUUCAUCAUAUUUCUGCCGAUUACUUGGCUAGCAAGGUCGUGAAUUCUAUUACUGCAAACCUAUUCCAUUCUUAGCUAGUGGAGAUUUAGACUUUUUCGGAACCAACAAAUAAUUUUUUGGGCAUAUUUCCCAGGUUUUUGUAUGAAGUAAAAAAAUAAUCUCGAAUGGCUAGUUGAUUUAGCAUAAGACGUAAGCUGUCGUCUGAAGUACACAAGUCAUCCUUUUAUGCUCUUAUAUACAUGACACUGGUUAAUAAAUUGUUCUAAUGCAUCUCAUUAGAUUCUACUUUUGUGAUAAUUUGGAGUCCAUACCUGCCCCUUGCAUACUGUUGUGGGAGGGAGUGGUCUCUACAUGUUCAGCCAUUUAUUAAAUUUUUUAUCUGAAAUUUUCUCUGGUCUCUAUAUACAGUUCUUUGACCGUUCUCGUGGCAAAAGGGUGCCUGUAUAACCGUAGAAGUUAGAUCUGGGGAAAGUUAUGCCUGCUUACACACUUGUAUGUGUUGUGAAAUACCAGAAGAUGAAUGAUACCGUUUGCGGGGUGACUGUAUAAAAUGUUCUCAAGUAAUGGCAGCAGUUUUGUUGCGACAAUUCUUUAGUUGUUUGUUUUAGAUAUUGACAAACGGACCAUCAUGUUUCAAGGGUUCUUCUCUUAAUACUCUGUGUAUGCAUAUACCAAUUACGGUGGCUCAUUGAUAGAUUUUCUUAUCGAAAGCAUUGAUUGUAGUA